GAGGGCCGGAGGCGAGGUGGCAGCGCUCCAGCUCUGGAAAGCAGAGGCAGAAGACCAUUGGUGAGAGAUGAGGAAUUCAGGGUGCCCAGAGGGGGUGGACAGGAAGCUGGGGACAGGUGCAAAAGGCUUCUGGGAAGGUCGGGUGAGAAGCUGUGGGGGGUCCAGUGCAGGGGCUGGUCUGUUCCUCUUAUUGUUUGUUUUAGACAGGAAACGGGAGCAGAUUUUUGGCUAGAGGUUUAGAUGGCGUUAAUGGCAGGGGAGAGCAUGCUCCAGGGAGAGGAAUAAGGUGAUGGGGACAAAUCAGCGCUGGGGUUAGAGGCUGCAGACACGGGACAGCGAGGCCCUCGCCUGGGCCCCACCCAUGCAAAGAAAAUGGUAAUUUCUGAGUUUGUAGAAACUGGAACUAUUGCAGUAGUCUAUCAGAAGUGCAGAUGCAUCGCAGCCUCUCUCUGCACUGGGAACACGGGGGAGGCAGCCAUUUAUUGUUGGUAUUAUUGUUCCUUGUUGUAUUAACAAAGUUUCAGUUUUUGUAGAUUGUUUAUCAUAAAUGUAAGAGGAUUUGAGAUAGUUUUCAUGUUUCCCCCACGUUUCCUCUCCUGACAGGACAUUUUCAGUUCCUGCACCUGUUCUAUGUGGUUUGUUGUGUUUUAGGUGAGUGGAGCCCACAGGUGAGACGUCCGUCCUUCAUUUUACAGCCAGAGCACAGGCGUCCCGGGAGGCGUGCAGCAGCCAGGUCUUCCUCCCUCUCAGGGAGAGGAGUGAGAAACCAGAGUCCCAGUGUCUCCCUUCUGAUUUCUGCUUUUUGCCCCCCAUUUCUAGAGCGGUUCUGGUGCGAGUCGAAGGAUGCAGCCACCCAGUCGUCAUGAAGGGUUUGUGUGCCGAGUGUGGCCAAGACCUGACCCAGCUGCAGAGCAAGAACGGGAGGCAGCAGAUGCCACUGUCCACAGCCACCGUGUCGAUGGUGCACAGUGUCCCGGAGCUGAUGGUGAGCUCCGAGCAAGCCGAGCAGCUAGGGAGGGAAGACCAGCAACGACUGCAUCGGAACAGGAAGCUGGUGCUCAUGGUCGACUUGGACCAGACCCUGAUCCACACCACAGAGCAGCAGUGCCAGCAGAUGUCAAACAAAGGCAUCCUGCACUUCCAGCUGGGCCGGGGCGAGCCGAUGCUGCACACCCGCCUGCGUCCGCACUGCAGGGAGUUCCUGGAGAAGGUCGCCAGGCUGUACGAGCUGCACGUCUUCACCUUCGGCAGCCGGCUGUAUGCACACACGAUUGCAGGCUUUUUAGACCCUGAGAAGAAGCUUUUUUCUCACCGAAUAUUAUCGAGGGACGAGUGUAUUGACCCGUUUUCUAAAACAGGGAACCUCAGAAAUCUCUUUCCUUGUGGAGACUCAAUGGUUUGCAUUAUUGAUGACCGAGAAGAUGUCUGGAAGUUCGCCCCCAAUCUGAUCACCGUAAAGAAAUACGUCUACUUCCAGGGCACAGGGGACAUCAAUGCUCCCCCAGGGUCCCGGGAGCCUCCGGCGAGAAAGAAAGUGAAUUAUCCUCCCAAAGGUGCUGACAUCGCAGAUCAAGCUCCGUCCAUUAAGGACCCUGAGGAGGGAAGGCCGGUUUCUGCAGUCGAGCAGAGUAACGGCCUUGGGAAGCCCAUGAGGGAACUCAACGGGGACUGCGCCUCACCUGCUGCCCGAGCCCCUUUGGUGGACGGUAGGGGGCCCCCAGUGUGUGUUCAGCAGCAGGGUCGGACCUCAGUGGAGAAGCAGCCCACUCAGGGCACAGCAGGCAGUGACCUGGACUUUGACUUAUCCAGUGACAGUGAGAGCAGCAGUGAGUCGGAGGGUCAGUCCUCCACCACCUCUGAUGGCGAAAGUGGGGAGAAGAAGAGCCAGAAGAAGCCUAAGGCUGCGCAGGACACCAGGAGAGCCAUGCAGCAGGGUGGGGCCCCUGGCCCGGGCGGGGAGAGGCCCACACGGCCGAAUCACUGCGGAGAGCCUGUGCCCGGAGUCCAACCUGACCUGCAGGAGGAGGGCGAGCGAGACGGCUUCUGUGGGCUGGCGGGUGGCUCUGCUGACAAGAAGGAGGCCGAGACGGAGUCCCAGAACAGUGAACAGUCAGGCAUCACAGUGGGCGAGUCCCUGGACCAGAGCGUGGAGGAGGAGGAGAACGAGGAGGAGGAGGACGAUGAUGGCGAUGACCACCUGGUCCACCUGGAGGAGAUCCUCGCCCGCGUGCACUCCGACUACUACGCCAGGUAUGACCGCUACUUGCGCGGGGAGACCCAGGAGGCACCCGACAUACGGAAGAUCGUCCCUGAGCUCAAGAGCCGAGUACUGGCGGACGUGGCCAUAAUCUUCAGUGGGCUGUACCCCACCAACUUCCCGGUGGAAAAGACGCGGGAGCAUUACCAUGCCACGGCCCUCGGAGCCAAGAUCCUCACCCAGCUGGUGUUAGACCCUGACGCCCCUGACAGGGCCACCCACCUGAUUGCUGCCAAGGCAGGCACAGAGAAGGUGCGGCAGGCCCAGGCAUGCGGACAGUUGCACGUGGUGAACCCCGACUGGCUGUGGAGCUGCCUAGAGCGGUGGGACAAGGUGGAGGAGCAGCUCUUCCCGCUGAGCGAGGACUACGGCAAAGUGCAGAGGGAGGACAGUCCCGCAGCCUUUCCCGACAGGCAGGGUGCGCUGCCAGCUGCCUUGUUCCAUCCGACACCCGUGCACCCCAAGGCCCAGCCCGGCCCUGACGUCCGGAUCUAUGACGCCAGCACGGGCAAGCUCAUCCGGAAGGGCACUACCAGCCCCGGGCCCCCCGGCUCCCUGCAGAUCCACACGGGACACUCCUCCUUCAGAGCUGUUCAGCCUCAUCAGCAGCAGAUGUUUGGUGAAGAGCUGCCAGAUAAUCCCGAUGGAGAACAGCCUGGUCCUUCUAGAAGAAAGCGACAGCCCAGCAUGUCAGAGACCAUGCCGCUGUACACUCUGUGUAAGGAGGAUUUAGAGAGUAUGGACAAAGAGGUGGACGACAUCCUAGGAGAAGGCAGCGAUGACAGCGACAGCGAGAAGAAGAAGCCGGAGGAGCAGGAGGAGGAGCAGGAUGGGGCACCUCAGCCCAGGGAGCCCAAGGCCCCAGCAGCCCAGAGGGGGCACACACUCCAGUCGAAGUCACCCAGCGAGAGGAGUGCAGCGGAGGCCCGGGGGCCCAGGGGCCACAAGAGGAAGCUGAACGACGACGACGCGGCCAGCGAGUCCAGCAGGGAGUCCAGCUGUGAGGACGAGGAGGGGAGCAGCUCGGAGGCGGACGAGAUGGCCGCUGCGCUGGAGGCGGAGCUCGACCUCAUGUGACCUGCACGGCUCCCCAGGGUGGACGCACACGUCACCUCCCCUCCUGUGACACCUCGACAUCCUCUGCUGGCCCUCACAUGGGGUUUCCUUCUCUCCAGGAAGACGUGUCUAUUCGCAAAGCUCCACAUACAGAAACAUUAUUUUGCAGAAAUGGGUGUUUUGAGAAGUUUUACUACCGGAAAGUCUACUUUUUUUGUGACCGUGACGAAGCAUGGGCCAUGCCAAAGAUCUGUGGAGCUCGGCCGCACAGGACUGUGGUUCCUGCCGUGUAUAGGGGCCUGGAGGGCGUUUUCCUUUAAAUCCCACGGCAUACCAUUCAGGGCGAAGGUGGGGCUCUGACGAGACAGACGUGGCAAGAACCUGGCGUUUCACACUGAAGUUACCAGAUGUGCAGGGGUUUCUGAGAGGCUGUGUUCACAUGUGGACAGGCCUGGGCUGCCUCUGUGACCCUCAGGGCUCGUUUCUGAGCGACAUCCGGGUCCCUGAAACUUGUGUCCCUAUGUUUCCGGGACCAGGUUCCAGCACAGUCCGGCGUCCGCUCUUGCUCCUCUGAUCUGAUGUAAAGUUUUGUAUAUUUCAUAUCUGACCCACCGAACAGGUGUCUCCUCCAUUUAAUAAAAGCCCUUUUUAUAAGCU